CACUUAUCCUAGCAUAUACCACUAAGAAAAAGAGGAAGAAACCUCAGAAAUUGUCUGAGAAGAGAGAGACAGAAGAACAAGAGCACUGUCAGAGCAAAGGAUAAAAGUACGACCCCUAAGGUGGAAAAACUGAGGCAUAGAGGGGAUAAAUGAUUUGACCAAAGUUGCUAAGGAGUCAGUAGCAUAUCUCAAGUCUCUCAGUUCUGGGCUUUAACCACAACUUUAAUCUAUUGGUUCUGCAAGACCAUUUCUCCAGUUUGUCAAGAUUUUGAAUUCUAAUCCUGUUCUCCAAAGUGCUUGCUACCCCUCCCAGCUUGGUAUCUGUGACGGGUUCCCAAGGUACAACCUGGAACUGGAGUACUGCUGAGCCUAUCAACCUAGGCUCCGUCUCACACUGUACUGCUGUGACAAGCUGCAAACCUCUGAUCAUUCCACAGGGGCAAGAUGAACUGGCAACUGGUCAUUUCUGGAUUAGUCAUCCUGCCCAUUAAACUAAUAGGGACAGCCUUGUUUCUCAUCUAUUUUCCACAGAUCUUCCCCAUGCCAGGCUCUCAAGGGACCCUCAAUUCCACAACUGAGAGGAACAUAACAGUUCUACAGACUACCCCAGGCCUGCCUAAGACACAACCUGAUUUCAGCACAAUCACAACUACAGCUCGCGACAGAACAGCUAAGCCCCUACAGUGGGAGGGGCACCGAGGGAAUUACUACUUAUUUUCUAAAGCCAAAGAGGUCUGGAGUUCCAGCCGAACAGAGUGUGAUGACCAGAGCUCGGAUCUAGUUGUCAUCAGUGACAGAAAAGAGCUGGAGUUUCUUCAUAAUAAAACAAGGGAUGCUGAUUAUUUCAUUGGACUAACUUACUCAGAGAUGGAGAAGAGAUGGUACUGGAUUGACAAGACAGAGCUUACGAGAAGCCUAUUUACUCUGAAACCAAAGACAUUGGACUAUGAAAAUGACUGUGCAGUUAUCAGAGCUGGAGAAGUGAGUCCUGCAUCUUGUCACCAACGAAAUCAGUGGAUCUGUGAGAAGACAAUGAAAUAACUCUUAUAUUGGGAGAGUCCCAGCCAGGGCCGCCCAGAGGAUUACGGGGGCCCGGGGUCUUCGG